AUGGCAAACACAGUGCAGCAAUAUCUAUCGAUAUGCACCAUCCCUAUUGGUCCACGGCAGCUAGAAAGUAGCAAUGGCAUCAGUUUGUCAACAAAUUGGCGUCAACGAAAUCGCUGGAAAAAAAAUGUGAGAAGGAGCAGAAAAGAAUUUCCAGAGAAGGAUCCGGAUUCAGUUGUGAGGGACCUUCUAUCUAUGAUUGGUUCUGCACACGAAUCGCCAGCUAUUCCUGGCAACAUAUCAGAGGAAGGUAAGGAUUUUCUCCGGUGUUGCUUUGCAAGGAAUCCUGCACGGAGAUCAACAGCAAGUGAGAUCCUGGAUAACAAGUAUGUGAUGGCAUUUAAGGAAGAAGGAGAGAGAAAGGGUAGUGAAGGAGAGGAGGUCUUGAAUCCUGAAAGGUUCAGUUUACCACUGUCUUCAACUUAUGAGGCGAGGACAUCUUUGUAUCUCUGGAGCAUUCUUCACCCGGUUCCCUUUUAG